AAAAAUCACAAACAGUGAGGGUCUUUCUUCAUUUUACCAGAGCAUCGAUGAUUUUAACCAAAGAACAUGUCUCGCUGGCAUGGAACUUUGCUUCUUGCUGUUGUGUUCACAGCUCACAAUUUUGAUGGCAACGACUCAAACAGAACUGAAGUUUUAAACAUAGGGGAUACGUUAAGGUUAUCAGAAAAGACAAAUAUUAAUACUUGCUACAACGUCAAUACCGGUGGACCAGUUGAGUUACCAUGGACAAUUAGAGGCACCAAUGAUGGUGGAUUAUACAGAUGUUUUGAUAUCAAUAAUCUGUAUUAUCCAAUCGAACCUACGGAUUAUUAUGUAAUGGUUUUCAUACGUCAUGAAGUGUCUAGUGUAACUGCAUCAGGUGAUAUAUGUGCGGAUAACAGCUCUUCAAAUUCAAUGUGCUUAACAAUUGAGGAAGGGGCGUACACAACUCUUUGGUGCAACGCAACUGAUGGUUACCCAACCCCUAUAGUGAGAUGGUUCAUACGUGAAAUCAGCAAAAUCGGAUAUAAAGACACAGAUCUUGGUAUUGAAGGACCGUUACUCAUUCAUAAAAUUUCUUAUGAAUGCACCUCUCUUCUUGUUUGUAAAGUCGGUAAUUACAUUAAUAAAGAAAAGGAAUCAACGGUGGAAAAGUUGAUAAAUGUUUACGUUGGGCGUCAGCCAAAUGCUGCCAUUACAACUUUAAAAGAUGGAAAACCGCAAAACAGUAACACCAACAUAUCUAUUUGCCCAAGAGAUGGAAUGGUGUUCAGUUGUAAUGUUAUGAAUACCUCCCCACCCCCUGACGUGGUAAUAAGAUGGAACAUGAGCGAUAUUUACAUCUUAACUUGGAAUUUUACUUUGAAUUCUGCUUGGAAUACUGCUGCAUAUUUUACGCUUUCGUCGAACGUUUCUAUUACUUGCAGAACAAAGUUUGAAAGUAUUAUUCAACAUGCUACAAACCUCCCUAAUGCGACAAUCGAGUGGAAGAACAUCGAUUUGGAUUGUGUGAGUUAUAUUAAAUGCGAAGCGACCAACAUGUUUGGGAAAGAUAUCAAAACACUAAAUCUGAUGAAAGGUCAAUGCCAAGACUGACAUGAUUCUCUACGUAGUCAGUGAAAUAGUUUUAAAAAACUACGCCAUAUUUAGAAAACAAUUAGCAAAGAAGAAGAAAAAAAUAGAAAAUUAGAAAAAAAACAGAAAGAAAGAAAAGAAAGAAGUACUUGCUAUUUGUUAAGACGUAUGCUAUUUAUAAACUUCAACUGUCUACUCAGUCAACUCAACUCAGUCAACUGGUCUACUGUAUCUUUUUACAAACGAUAUACAAGAAAGAUGCAAAGAUAUAUAUUGGUACAAUUUAGAUAGUGUUCUAUGUUCUCUUUGAAUUCCAUACAAAAUAAAAUAGAUGUUAAGGAUAAAACAAAUGUUAUUAUUGCAUGACCAAUUUUUUGGACGUUUCAGAUGUCAGUUACGACAUCGUUACUUUGCGCACAUUCUCUCACCGAUUUUUUUAAUGUAAAUUUGCUUGAAAUAAAAUACUUAUUGUUGGUUCAUGUGAUGGUGAAACCUCUGAAUAGUUAGUUGGUGUGAUGUGUACAAGUUUUAUUAUUUAUGAGAGUGUCCCGAGUAAGAUGAAAAUGUCUUUGAAUUAUUUUGUGAAAAACAUGUUUGGUAAAGAAACUUGUUUUAUAUUUUAAAAAAAAUUGGUUACGUUUAUUUGUGUUAACUGCAUAUAAUCUAUAAGAAUUUCGAAAAAUUUCUACUACAUUGAUUAUACAUUUAAGUACAUGUAAUACUGUUGAAACUGACCAAUCUAAAUUACAUGUAAUUGUUCCCUGAUAACUAAUAAUUCCAAUUCAGUCAUAUUUUUUCGUGUAAAAGCUACGGAAUUUUUAAAUAAACAUCCUUUAAAUUAACCAUCCGCCUCCUCUCUUUACAAUAAUAUUAGUUUUGUAUUUUUUUUGUUAACAAGUUUUUGUAAGCAUUAUUUACUCAUGUUGUUACAUUUCUAUGUACCAAUUUUUUUACUAUGUUUAGUGUAUAUUUUUACCAUAGACUGUGCUUUUUUUGUCAUCUGAUUUUGAAGCUUAGCCAAAAUUAAAUAUUUAAAUUAUUAAUAUUUAAGCUGCUUGGUCCUAUUUUUUUUAUAUCAGUGUUUCGCACGUUUCUGAAAGAUAGUUAUGCUAAGUAUGUGUAUCAUGAUAGAAAUUGCACUAGCAUCCCCGGUCAAUUAAGCCAUAUUUCAAUGAAAAAAAAUGAUGAUAAAUUUUUUCACAAAGCAAAUGACUCUAAAUAGGUAUCGCGAAUUCGCCUCUGACUUCGAGGAGGGGAUAACAGAAAUACUUUGAUAUCGCUCUUAAUAAAGGUCAUAAUGUUUUAGCAAAUCAAAAAUAAACCUGUGUACAUUUUGUUCACAAUUAUUUCUGAAGUCUGUGAAAUCUGGUGUAAAUAGGAUAAAGUCUAUUUACACCAUUUUACUAUUUUAAAGAUAUUUGGUUUAAAAGAAAAAUUUUUUGAUACUGUAAUAGCCGCAAAAGUCGGACCAUGCAGCUUUAAUUAAUAUUGAUAUUAUUAUUAUUAUAUCAUACGAAGGUAUUAUUACGAAGCCAUUUAAAAUUUGUAAUAAAUAAUUGUUAUACAUUCUGGAAUUUUCUCUCUAUCUGGCUCAGGGCAAUAAAAGUUAGACAUGUUUACUUUUGAUCUCAGUCUCACAUUUACAAAAGUAAUAAAUAGGUAUAGUGGACAAGUAAGACUAAGAUAAAAAAUAAACCAGUCUAAGUUAAAAGCCACAGUCCCUGAAUUUUCAUUAAAUCAUUCUGCGAAAACCCUCUUCGAAAUGCCAGAAUGUGUUUUGAUGCAUUGUUGCAUUUGAUUCAAUAUCUACAUUUCUCAGUGUCCUUUGUGAUAUUACACUACAAACUUCAUAAAACUAGAUCUUAACUCUAGAAACGAAUUCGAUUCUUAAUUUAUAAUGGCCUCUAGUGUUAUUUUUUAUGAUGAUCUAACAUGAGGGUCUGGGAAACUUAUCUUAAUUUUGUAACGCACUUUCUAAGAAUUAAUUGUUAGAAGGAAUCAAAUUUGUAAAAGUCUUUUUGUGUUUAUUCUGUAUAUACAAUAAAAUAUGUUCAAUUAAAAAUGUGUUCGUUUGUGAUCUUUGAUAAAAUUUAAAUCAAUUGUUCCUCCUUUAUUGUUAGAUGGGGUGAGUGGGGUUGUCCACAUAAAGUUUCAUAUCCAAGUGACCAAAAACAACAGAAAUUACUGAAGGUUUCCUGUUCACUUUUCAUGGGAACAGAUGACAAUGAAGCUUCCAGAAUGUUAUAAUAAGAACACAUCAUUUCUGCAGAAUAUGCUCAGAAGGCAUGCCUACAAUUCUGCAGUUCUUGUAUGCAUGUUGCGUCUUUUAUAAGUGGAGUGGUCAGACAAAG